UAUAAUCACUACGUUACGUUUUAAUUAGAAUUUUAGAACUGAAGUAUUUAUAUUUUGUAGAUUUUAAUUUUUAUCGUAUUCGUAUAAUAUAAUUAAUGAUUUAGGUACAAAAAAAUUUUUUAAUCGCAGUAUGUUGUAUGUACUUUGUUUACUUCACCUAACGUAAGAUCCAUGUGUUUUAAUUGUGUUACAAUAACACCAAAUUAUUUACAAUAUGUAAAUGAGGGUAACAAAUAAUAAUAAAUUGCAUGCAGUAGAUAUUAAGUGUGCAUUAUAUUAAGUUUGGAAAUGAAUGAAGAUAAUGGAACAAAUGAAGACAUAGUACACCCUGACUCGCAUGUAUUUAUUAAAGUGAGAUCUGAUUUAUUUGGCCCCGUAGAGGAACAGAAGAAGGAUGAAGAAUAUAAUCUCAGCAAAGAAGAGUUAAACCUCAGAGAUGAUUGGAUAAGACGAAGGCUACUUCUUAAUGCACGCUUAGAAAAUUAUCGUAAAAGAAAACGGAGUUCAUUUCAGACAUUGUUCUCCAUUCCGACUGAUGAGCCUUUACCGAAAGAGGAAGAUAUAAAAUUAAACAAUUAUGAACAUCUGAAGGACAAUCCAAAAAGUAAUCAUAAGGACAAAAACAGUGAUGAUCAGGAAUCAAAAAAGAACUCUGAAGAGGUUAAUGAAUCAAAAUGUACAGAUUCAAAGAAUAAUGUCAUAGAGGAUAAGGAAUUCAAGUGUACUGUUUGUAGUAAAAAGUUUCCAACUAGGAAGAAACUUUAUCUCCACAGAAGAUUUCACAAUAAGACAAUAUGUUGUCAGUACAAAGGUUGUGAUAGAAAAUUUACCAACAAAAGUGAUCUUGACAAGCACAACAGAAUACACACUGGGGAAAAGCCAUUUAAAUGUGAAAUAUGUGAGAGAGCAUUCAGACAACGGGGUACUCUGAAAAGCCAUAAAAUUAUUAUUCACAAUUUGUUUGAUGAUAAAAACAGCUCAGUUGAACGAAAGAGAUCUGAUCCGAGAUCUGUCGAAGAUACCACAGGGAAUAGUGAAGAUUCGAAAAUGCACGAAUGUAAACCUAGUGAAAAUACAACUUUACCAGAUGUAAUACCAAUCAAUAGAAUAAAUGAACCCAACAAAAGAGAUGAUUUAAAUACUUCUAACGAUAAUGGUGAAGAUAGUAAGUGUGCAGAAAAAGUCACAACUCCGGAAGGCAGUAUUAUCACAAAUAGUGAAAAGCCAUUAAAUACCCCUAUGAGGUCACGUCUGUUAUUUGAGUCCACAGAUUCAGACAGUGUUGAAAGUUUAGUUAUACAAGUGCAUGAGACAGUAAGUGAACUUAAUUUUGACGGUAGUUUAAGAAAUAGCAUAAAUGGCCUGGAUUUGUGUAUUGGCGAAGAAACUGUAGAGGGGCACUAUGAGAGUGAAAGUGAGAACGAGGGAAAACUGUUUAUCGAUGAAGAUUACCAUUUGCCAUAUUCUUAGAACUACAAAUGUAUGUUAAGGAUUUUUAUAGAAUAGGAGGCAAACAUUCAACUGGUUAAUUUUUUAGACCAGAGGAAUCUAGUACUAGGGCGAUACAUGGCCCAUUAUUAUAAACCGCCACGCAAAUGUUUUAAACAUCUAAUAAUGAUGUGGCAUAAUAAGUCAUUUGUUAGCCAACUCGUUUGACUAUUUAUUUUAAUGCAAUGUUUGAGAUAAUAUUACGUAAUAGAGAAGAUGUCUCUCCGCUAUUGUAUGAAACAUGAGUUGUAGCAUGCUCUAGUCAACUCACUUAGUUUUAUGAUUACGUUUGCAGCAGUAACGCCAAUUUGAGAGUUAGUCUUUGUUUAAAAUACGCCUUUGUGUGUAUUGAUAUACUGUUUACAGUUUUACACAACUCAACAUAAUUAUUAUUUUUAAAACACACCAUUUUACUAUAUUUUUUUAAACUGGUAACGACAUGUCGUGGUGAAGGCAACUGGCAACUUAUAUACAGUAUGACAGGUAAGACACUAGCGAUAUUCGUGAUAUUUCGCCAUUAUAUGAAAAAAACAACUUCGUGCGCGAUCGUAAUUAAGCGCAAGCGCCGACAAGUUCGUCUUCUAAUCCGCUUCCGCUUAUAAAAUAAAUUUAUAAAAACAAUUAUCAUAUGAAAAUACAUUCGGAAUUGAAAAUGCUUGAGUAUUUUACUGAAAUACUGAAAGCUGAUAGCCCACGAACAUAUAAUUUUGUAAAUCAGAUUUUUAUAAAUUUAAAUAUAAAAUAAAUUUUUAUUUUUACUUUGCGUUUUUAUACUAAAAAGAGGUGACAUAACGCCUUUUUAGUCACAAUAAUUUAUAAAUUUAAACAAUCAAAAUAUACAUUAGAAAUCACAUUUGUAAGUGAAUUCGUUCCUAACCAAACCUUAGUCUGCAACAUUUUUAUAAGUAUUAUAAAUAUUUUAUAAUACGUUUGUCAUACAAGGCACUGAUUUCAGAUAAUAUGUCAAUGAAAUACAGCGAUUGUUUAUACUCAGAUUUUUUAUCUAUAAAACAUCAAAAUAAAAUUAUGAAUCGGCUCAUAAUAUUACUCUCAAAAUUAGAUUAAGUAUAUUUUAGUUGGUAACUGUUGUUAAAUAUUUUUUAUUUGGUGUAUGAGAUCUGUAAUUUAAGCUAUUGUUUUCUUUGUAAAAUAUAUAAAGUAUUUUGUAUCUA